AUGGUCUCUUCUGGCACUUUGCAGUCACUCAAAUCAGCAUCCCAGAGUGUGUUUAGGAACGAGCUGGGGUUGUGUACGAAAACAAAAGUGAAAUUGGAACUAAUACCAGGUGCAACUCCAGUUUUUCGUGCAAAGCGUCCAGUGGCUUAUACGGUACAUAGCAGUGUGGAUAACGAACUCGACCGACUGCAACGAGUAAAAAUCAUCACACCGGUAGACUUUUCGGAUUGGGCAGCUCCCAUCGUUGUCGUCCGAAAAACAAACGGAUCUAUUCGUAUUUGCAGUGAUUAUUCCACCGGUCUCAACAAUGCCCUGCAAUCGCAUCAAUAUCCGUUGCCGCUACUGGAAAUUUUUUUCAACAAAUUGGCUAAUUACACAGUGUUUAGCCGAAUCAACCUGUCGGAUGCAUUUCUGCAGGUAGAAGUGGACGAAAGCAGCCGUGAAUUGUUGACCAUCAACACCCAUCGGGGACUUUACCGGUACAACCGUCUGACACCGGGAGUCAAAGCAGCACCGGGAGCAUUCCAGCAGCUUAUCGAUAUUAUGCUGGCAGGCAGGCAGGUCAACACCAAAUACUCUGGUGAGAAGGCCUACCUUAUCAUCGGAGUCAUCGUCACAGUUAUCAAUAUCGUCUUCAUCAUCUUCAGACAUCAGUCAGUCAAGUUCGACAUCAGAAUUUCAGUCUGCAAAUGA